AUGACCAAAGAAAGAGACCGGUUACAGAGCAGGUAUGGCAGCUUGAGUGCUGAGAGAGAUAAACUGCAGAAGAUGUUGAAUUACGGCUUCCAGCAGUGUCUGAGAUAUUUCGUCAGAAACAGCAUGAGCUGGAAUAAGGCUAGACAGGAAUGCAGAUCGAAAGGAGCCGACCUUGUGAUCAUCAACAGCCGAGAAGAACAGGAGUACCUCAGUCAGAUGGUUACCGGUGAGGCUUGGAUUGGUCUGAGUGACAGCGCUGAAGAAGGGAAGUGGAUGUGGGUGGACAAUACAAACAUGACCACAGGGUUCUGGUGGCAAGGAGAACCUAAUGACUACGAGCAAAAGGAGGACUGCGCUUUAAUCGGCAGCAAAUUUGCCAAAGAUAAAAUUACAACAUGGGCCGAUUAUCCCUGUGAAAUGGAAUUGCGUGCUAUUUGUGAAAUGAAGGCAAAUGAUUAGAGCAGAAAUUUCCUCUAACUCAAACAAUAUCUGUAUUUUGUUCAUCUGUUUGUUAUCCAGGGUCAAAGCCAUGGUUUUAAGAUAAAUUCAGCUAGUUUUGUAAACAUGUUGCAGGGCAGUGAUGAUUUAUUUAAAGGAAAUAAUCUAAAAUCAAUAAAAUUAAAUUCUGCAAACCUAAUGAAAGGAAAGAAGAAGAAAAGGGGGAUAAUGGCCAUAACAUGAAAUGAUAAAAUGGUGAACUGAUAAAGCCAGUCUCCCUUUUCACAUGUUAGGCUCGCUUCAGGCCUUUUUGUACAAGACCUAUGUAAAUAUACCAGAUGUAGUUGAGAUGGACAAUUCUCUAAGACCUGGCAACCAAGCAGAAAUUUCCUUUAACACAAGAAUAUCUGUAUUUUGUUCAUCUGUUUCUUUUCCAGGGUCAAAUCCAUGAGUUUAAGCUAAAUUCAGCUAGUGUUGUAAAAAUGUUGCAGGGCAGAGAUGAUAUAAUUAUAUUCU